AUGCGUUUUGCGUGUUCUAUACUAAUUUCUUCCUUUUUAGUAGUAUUAGUUUCUGGAGCGAUUGAUCCGCGAAAUUUAAAAUGUCUAGUGUGUCGGACAACCUUCGAAGAGCUCAACAGAGCGAUAAUGAAGGUGGAUAAAUGGAAAAAAGUGGACGUUGGCAACUUCAGAAUGGAUGCAGAUGGCAACACUAUGCAACAAAAGGUGCCAGCGCAUAGAUCUGCUGUUUUCAUUUCUGAACUCAUUGAUGGAAUUUGUAAGAAAAUGGAUGACUAUGUCCGUGUAUACUACAAAUCUACUGGUAAAUUGGCUAUAAUGCAGCUGAUCAUGGAGGGGGGCGGUAUGAACCCAGAGUUCUCUAAGACCAAGUUUGUCACUGAUGAUGAUUUGAAUAAGAGCUUAGAGUAUUAUUGUGAACGCAUGUUUGAAGAAAAUGAAGAUGAAAUAACUGAUUUGUAUAAGAAGAGACCGCACGAUGAUAUUAUGCCUGAUGCGGAGAAGGAGAUAUGUUUCAACCACGCCAAGUACUGUGAAGACUGGAUGCUGCCCAACGAAGAAGACACCACGUGGACCGCUGAGAUGGAGAAGGAGUACGUCAAGAUCCACGGACCAGACCCCUACGGGUUCAGUGGGGGCCUAGGCGGCAUGGGGAUGGACCAGCCGACCCCCGACGCUGAUGAUGAAGGAUACGAUGACACUGAUGCCAAGGAGGAGCUGUGA